AUGUCGAACCUCAACACUGUACCCAUCAUGUCCAACACCGCCGCCACCCCCGUGACCACCGGCGCCACGCCCGUCGUGGGCGCCGUGCCCGUUGUGCCUGUUGUGCCGGUUGCCACGGCCACCACUGUUCUGCCCCACGGCGUCGACGGCAGGCCCCUCUCCAAGGAGGAGCGCAAGGCCCUCAAGCACCAGAACAAGGCCCUCAAGCACGACCACCAGCAUGGUCACCACCAGCACGGCCACGGUCUCACCGGCACCGGCUUGCCCAUCGUCGGCGCCGCACACCCCGUCGUUCAGGGCGCGACCAACGUGGUGGAGCACCAGCCCAUCGUCGAGCGUGAGGUCAUCGUCGAGAGGCCUGUCGAGGUGAGGCGCGAGCACCACAUCCAGCCGGUCAUCCACGAGAGGGAACACCAGAUCCAGCCCAUCAUCCGCACCGAAGUCACCACCGAGCGCAAGGACCUCGUCACUGAGCGCAACGUGAUGUUGCCCGCGGUGGUCGAGCAGCCCCACAUGGCCACUACCACCACUGGUGUCCUGCACGGCACCGGUGCCGGCGCGCACCACGCGACGAUCGGCCAGAAGAUCAAGGGCACCGUGAAGGAGGUGCAGGGCACCCUCACGCACAACCCGAUGAAGAAGGAGGAGGGCCGCCUGCUCAAGCAGGGCAUCGAGCCCACCGCCGCUGGCCUGGGCACCACGCCCGGCACCACCCACUUCUAA